CUAGCGGCCAAGUUGAGUGAGGAGGACAAGAAGACGCUGAUGGACAAGUGUGAGCAGACCCUCAAGUGGCUGGAGAGCAACCAGCUGGCCGAAAAAGACGAGUUCCAGCACAAGCAGAAGGAGCUGGAGCGAACGUGUCAGCCAAUCAUCAGCAAGUUGUAUCAGGGGGCGGGGCCUGCCGGAGGCUGUGGGGGGCAGACCCAGGCCGGUGCACAGGGGCCCACCAUCGAGGAGGUGGACUGAGGACCUUUCUUGCGCAUCAGUCUGAGACAAAUUGUAAAAUAUUACACUGUUUUAAAAUCGUGUUGUUAACAUCAAGUACAUAAUAAAUUACUUUUG